AUGAGAGAUCUAGAGAUUCAGAGAGGCAAGCAGAGGAGCUGGUUUCUGUGCUCUCAAGUGGCAGGGCCUGUUUUUAAAGCGUCCACGCUGGCUGGCUACCCCCCUGCCCCCACCCCCCCCGUCGUGAGCCUGGGGACGUACGGGUGGACGUCGCUCGAAAUUCGUCCUUAUGUACCUGGCGCAACAUACUCUCCCCCGGCGCUAGUGUACCGUCCGACCCGUGCCCCCGCCGGCCCUGUGCGUGGGGUUUUCCGCUUUGUCUGUGGAGGAAGUGACAUAGGAUCUGAGGGUGGGCCUGAGGGAGGGACGGAGUUUUUCGAGACGGAAAGCUACGUCCAGGCCUCCAAACGGGAUAAAAAGUUUGCCACCUGCCCUCCUAACUUCUCCUACGCUUCACUGUGCGAGUGUCUCCGCCGAGCAUUCAUCUACAGACAGCCGUCGCCGGUGGAAACCGUCCUCUUUAACAGGAAGCAGGGCCGGCAAGUAGGACAGGUUGCCAAGCAACAGGUGGCCAGCCUGGACUCCGAUAAGCCAAUCCUGGGCUUCAGAGCAACCAAUGAGAGACUGUACAUCCUGACCUCCACAGUGGCAUUUCACAGCCCUCCCGUCACUAUCAAGAAGGAGCCGCAGAGCCCGGGCUCCGACCCCAGCCAGUCCUGCAGCCACAAGCAGAGCUUCAGCUACCCCAGUGGAGAGCAGUGCCUUUAUGCCAGUGCCUAUGAUCAGAAAAGGGCUGCAGGAGGAGCGAAGAGCUCCUGCCCAGGGACCCCCAUGUCCCCUAUGCAGCAGCAUUACUCCCCGAAACCUGCCACGGCCGGACGGCCCGAUGCUGGCUACAUGAACCCUGCUGCAGCCUCCCAGCCACUGCCUAGCAACAGUUACCCCAUCAACGCCAGCUCCAGAUAUCAGGGCCCUUCAGGAGACCCCAUGUGCCCCCAGUUCCCACCACAAUCCAGCCAGGCCUUUCAGCGCAUGCCAUCUGCCCCGGCAGGACACAGUGGAGCCGGUGGAGGCGGGGCUGGAGGGCCAGGUGGAGGCGGAGGUGGAGGUUAUCAUCGGCAGCACUCGGACCCCUGCAUGCCCUACCUGCAGCAGAGCUUUAAGCAGGAAUACAUGGACCCGUUGUAUGAGAGGGCCGCUCACAUGGCAGGGCCUGGGCACGGGGGCGGACCGGGACACGCACCCCACCCACAUCACCAACAACAUCCACACUCGCACCCCCACCCACACAGGUUCCCACCAGCCCACAUGAUGGUUAAGCAGGAGCCCACAGACUACACCUACGAACCUGGUGAGUGA